CCUAUCGCUCAAGUGGACCAUCGACAGUCUAUCCACAGUCUCCUAACUACCAGCCCACAAACACCCCUGAUUCUUGUACCCGUUUAAUUUUACUCAUUGUUCUGUGACGCUGCUUUAAAACUAUACGCAUUGUGGAAAAUGCUGUACAAAUAAAUGUGAACACAGCAGGGUGAAGAUAUUAUCUAACAGAAUCGCGUUUGGUCCCUUGAGGCCGCCGUACGGAGCGAGUUCGGCGGGAGACGGUGCGCGUGAGGCACACGAUACUGAACAACAACAGUGAGACCCGAUGGACCCAACAGCCAAAUACAUCUCGCAGAAAAUCAGCAGGACGCGGUGGCGGCCAGUUCCCGCGGGUUUACUACAGCAGCCCGAGGUGUUCGCCGCGGGGUCUUGGGACAACGAGAGUAACAGAGUGUCGAUCUGGUCGCUGGGAGAUGAUGACUCUGACACAGACGGAGAGUUUGACGAGGAGCCGCGGUUACUGUGUGACUCUGAGCACGACGGGGACGUGACGGACCUGCAGUUUCUAGAUGGAGACCGGCUCGUUUCUGCGUCUUCAAGCGGGGCUGUGGCGAUUUUGAAGCUUCAGCCGGACUGUCAGGCUCUGUCGCUGGCUCAUGUGUGGGAGAGGGCUCAUCGGUAUUCCUGUGAUAAUGCACCCUGCACCGCAGUAGUGUGCAGAAGCCCUGAGCUAGUGUCAGUGGGUGAGGACGGACGAGUUAUUCUUUACAAGGCAGAUCAGACUGAAGUUGUCCGUGUUAUUGAAAACGCAGACAGCAGUACGAUUCAUGCCGUGACGUUUCUGAGGACGACUGAGGUUCUCACGGUUAACUCCAUCGGUCAGCUGAAGAUGUGGGACUUCAGACAGCAGAGUGACAGUCCUGCGCAAAUUCUCUCUCUCACUGGGGACAGAGUGCCCUUGCACUGUGUGGAUAAACACCCAAACCAGCAGCACAUAGUGGCCACCGGAGGACAGGACGGGAUGCUGUGUAUCUGGGACGUGAGACAGGGCAAUACACCCUUCUCUCUCAUAGAGGCUCAUUCAGCAGAAAUGUGGGAAGUACAUUUUCAUCCAUCAAACCCCAAUCACUUAUUUACGUGCUCGGAGGAUGGGUCUCUGCUCCACUGGGAGACGACUUCAGGAUCAGACAUGAGCACACUCCUGCAGAGGGGCUGGAACAGCAGGGUCGUCUCACACAGUGGUGUACCGCUGGCGGGGGAGGAUGACUCUGUGGUCAGCUCUUGGCUUGCUGGGGACUCCAGCAAAAAUAGACUGGAGGCCACUCAUAUGCUGCCCAGCCAGACACUGUCUGUCAACAGCCUCGACGUGCUUGAGCAGUGUUUAGUGUGCGGCACUGAUGGAGAGGCCGUGUACGUCCACAGACAACUUCCUGUUUGAUUGCUGACCCAAAAUAUGUGUGAAAGAGAUAUAUGACACAGAACUUUAGUAUAUAAAAAUAUAUAAGUUCUGUUGAAGUACUCUGCGAGUUCUGGAUACAAUGAUUGGGACUGUAAUAAAAGUUUAUCAUGCGUCUCUCAGAAUUAACUGAACUGUAAGUGGUGUUUUGUAAAGGCAAUAUUUUUAUCAUUAUUACAUUAUGUAAUGUAAACAUGCCCCCCCCCUUGCUAUUGAUGACAGUCAUUAUAGGAGAAUAACAGACCUAUAUUAUAUUAUUUCCUAUAUUAGAAAAUAGUUUUUAGUAACAGUUCUCUGCUAAAAUAUUCUUCACAGUUUACAAAUGAUCAAGCAUUAAAAACUUUACCAGAGCUGACGAGCCACCACUUGGAUAUCAUGUCUUUAUUACUAUUUUUACCAUAUUUACAGUUUUGAGCUUCGACAAGUCACACAUAUCUUGUGGAGAGCAAGCUUAGCUGUGAGAUCAACCGAGACUUUGGACUCCAAAGUCAGACAGGAAUCGUACACGUGCUACAGUGAGGAUAGUCUGCUCCCAAUAAGUCAUAUAUAUAUAUAUAUUUGUUCCCAUUUGCUCAAAUAGCAAUAGUAAAACUCCACAUCAGUAUUAAACAGCUUUAAAAAGAUGAAAAAAUAGAGCAGUCAGAAGAGAAAAUUAUAUCAAAUUUACAGUCACUCACACAGCUGUUGUAUUAGAAACACCAAAAAUUACCACAACAUUGUUGAUGAAAAACUAGUGCUACUUUACAAUGUUUUGAUUACAUGUUUAAGUGCCUCUUAAAAAACUUGAAUGGGCUAUUGAGAAUCCUGUAUUUGCUGAACAAUAAUCUGAAAAAGGGGGAUAUGUCCUGAUAGUAUUUAGGUGCCUUACAGUCCUGAUAGUCUUUGACCUGAAACUAAGAAAAGUAUUGACAUUUUGUAACCUUUUGAACUUAAGUGACACACACACAUUUAUACUGUACAAACUGUAUUUUCUAUCCCCUUACCUUAACUCUGCAUCUCACACAAAACUUUAUGCAUUUAUAACCUUGUUUCCUCACAGGGACCAAAAAUAAAUUAAUAAUUAUAAUAAAAUGGCACUGUUUAUUGAGAAUGAACAGAUGAGGGGCUCUGGGACUCAUAUAGCAUACAAUUCAAGCAUAAAUUCAAUGCCACCUGCAGCAAAAAGUGUGUUGUUUAUCGUAAUCUGUCAAAUGAUUAAUCGCAUCCAAAAUAAAAGUUUUUGUUCACAUA